UUGGGCCAGCCGGACCCUGGCCCACCCACCUCACCCUUUGGGUGGAAGACUAGCAUUUCCUGCUUCCUGAGUUGCUGGCUUCUGGCCUUGGAAGGGAGUGGCUGAACUGGAGGAGCCUGCGCAGCUGCAGGGAGGGGAACUGCAUGUCCAGCACAGGUCCUGAGCCAUGGACCAGGGCCAUCCUAGCUUAGAGCCCCAGGCCAAGGGACCAUGUGUGAUAGCGCCAGUGCGUGCCGUGCUCCGUCUGCGCCGCCGAGUCUGCGUCCUGCGCAAGAGGCGCCUCUUGCAGCCAGGCACUGAGCCGGACUCUGGGACCGGGGCACUUGGGCCCACCGGCAGCUUGGGCACUCUACGUGCCGACCCAGACCAACCUAAAUUCUUCACCUUCGACAGCCUGACGGAGCUGACUUCUAGGACACCCCGCAAGAGGCGCAGGCGUAGUCGGGUAGUGCUCUACCCGGAAACCUCACGGAAGUGCCGACCCCGCACAGAGCGGCAGAGUCGUGCACAGCGCUGCCUGCUGCUGCUUGUAGCCAUCGUGGGGUUCCAGGUUCUCAACGCCAUUGAGAAUCUGGACGAUAAUGCACAACGUUACGACCUCGACGGGCUGGAGAAGGCGCUGCAGCGUUCUGUGUUUGGCCAGCCAGCUGCUGUGGGCCGCAUCAUGGCCCUGCUGCGAGACUACCUGGCUACACAUGUGCACAGUCAUCCCUUGCUCCUGGCACUGCACGGGCCCAGUGGUGUAGGCAAGAGUCACGUGGGGCGUCUGCUGGCACGCCACUUUCGCGCAGUGCUAGAGGAUGGUGCUUUGGUUCUGCAGUACCAUGCACGAUAUCACUGUCCAGAGCCACGCCCGGUUCAGGACUGCCGAAAGGAGCUGGCCCAGCGUGUGGCAGAUGUGGUGGCCCAGGCUGAGGCCGAGGAGAAGACCCCUCUCUUGGUCCUGGAUGAGGCUGAACUCUUGCCACCUAUGCUGCUGGAUGAGCUGCACGACCUCCUGCAGCCACAGCGCUCGCACCAUUUCCACAAUGCUAUCUAUGUACUCUUAAGUGGUGCUGGUGGUAUAGAGAUCACACACUUUGUGCUGCAAAAUGCGUCACGGAUGUUGCCCCCAAUCCGUCACAGUGCAGGCAGUACUCAGACUGAGGAAUCUCAAGCCGAGGAGGAGUUACACACCAGUCUUCGAGAGCUCCUGGCCCGUGAACACCCUCUGUGGCACACUGCAGCCAUCGUGCCCUUCCUGCUACUGGACAAGCCAGAUGUGGUCAACUGCUUCAGAGAGGAGUUGGCAGGGGAGGGCUUUUUUCCUGAGCAGGCACUAGCAGAACAUCUGGCAGAGGAGCUCAGCUACUACCAUGUCGCUGGACAUGAAUUUGCCAUCACCGGCUGCAAACAGGUGGUAGCUAAGGUCAACCUCUUACAGCACAAGCCUGCACAUGCUGGGCACUAGCCAGUGGGCCCGGGCACAAGCCUGCACAUGCUGGACACUAGCCAGUGGGCCCGGGCAGUUGACCUGUUGAAGAAAACAGGAAGGAUGUCAGGUGACUUGUGGUCCCCAAGCUGGUUCACCCCAGGAGCUAGGGAGGCCGAUGCAGUGGCUUAGCUCUGAGCUCCACGUCCUCUUCACCUCCGAGUCUUGAGAUUCCCUAAGGUCACCAGGAAAGCAGCUACCUUCCUAUAUGGAGUCUUCCCACACCCCAGCUCCCACUGUGUCCAUCAUGUCCCAUGAACAUGUGACAGGGCCUCCCAUAACCCUAGGAGGUAGCCAGGGUUAUGGUAGACUAUCUCAGAGGGUGUGAGGCUGCGGUAGGAUUCUGGUCCUCUGGAACAUGUGGCAGCCUCCAUGCCUCUCACAAACUCCCAACCACCCCUUGAAUGCAUCCUUAGCUUAGAGGCCACGAGGUGGGGACUGCUUCUUCGUCUGUGCACUUCUCUAGGCCUGCCUCAGGAGGCAGUUAGAUGUCUGCAAGCCAGUGAGUAGAUCGUGGAAUUCUUCAGAUGCUCUGGGGCAUGGACCUAAGAGGAGUCCCACCCUUGUGAGACUGGCUGCCUGUUUGCCCCAGAGACAGACAUGUAGAAUGGCUUUGGAAUCAGCUACAAGGUUCAGGGUCCUGCUCACCAGAAGAGACCCGAGAGCAGGGACCUCUACCUCCAGGGAGGUGAUGUGUCUCCACCACCCUGGGAGACCUCCUGGGAAGCCAGCAAGCUCAGGUUUCCCAAGAGAGGCUCACUGGACUCCAGUCUGACCUCUGAGGAACUCACUUCUUGUGCUGGCCCCUUCCCACCCCCGACUCUGGAGUGACAGCAGUUGAGUCCACAGCAAAGGGUUUGAGGCUGACUGGCUGUAGGAAGCAGGAAGCAAGCAUGAGGCCCAGUGGGGUGGGGUCAGAUGGGCAGGUGCCAAGCCUCUGCCUGUCUGUGCUGUCUGGUUGCCACAGUUACAUGAGGGUGAGGUUCCCUGUAGCCUUUGGUGUCCUAGGUUCAGCCUCUCUAUUUGCGUGCUAUUUGCGUGGAGUUUGCAAGGCAGGAGGCUUCUUAGUUCUCUGGCCAUGUCUGUGCUGCCAUCUGGUGGCUGCACUCAGACUUUGCCUGUGAAUGCUCAUCAUUCUGGGUUAGAAAGUGGUUCAUUCCAAAGUGUGGCUUGAGGGCACACAGGAAGUGGUGACACUAGAAGAGAUUAGAGAGGAGGAACCCCUCAAUGGGGGUGAUAUGUCCUCGCCCACGCUUGGAGGAGACCUGCUGCAAAACUACCCAGGCUUAGGUUUCCCUAGAGAGGAUUACUAGCAGGCUCCCAUGGAGUUCUCGUUUGCCAUGCAUGGUCUGAGGAUCCGGUGCGUGACCUGCUGCGUGUGGAUGCUGUUCAGUUCUUGCAGGAUUAUGCCAAGAAGACCCCCAGGACUGUCACCUGAAAACCUACCUGGAAGUGUCCCCUAUGCAGCCAAGUGUUGCUUGGAGUCAUUCACUUACCAUCUACAGGGCGUUGACUUAGUGAGGGUACAAACCCGUGCACCAUCUCCUCUUUAUUUAUUUAUAAAAUCGUGCAGUUCUAA